AUGCUAACCUCCAGUACCGUCAACCUACAGUCUAUGUCAAACAACGUAAGUGUAAUAUCAGCAAGAAAUACAACAAUCAGUCAAAUUAUAACACCCACUCGUCAACGUACUCAGAGACCAAUAAGUUAUGCCAAUGUUGCUACCUCAUUCCUCAAAAAAGACCAAGCCAGAAUAAUGAUUCUGAAUGCAAUUGAAGCGUCAACAGGAGUAGAAGAUAGGGAAUCGUGUGAUGACGUACUAUUAACCCUGUUAACAGAGAGCUCUGAGUACGAGUCUGACAUAUCAAACGCCCAAUUAGAAGGUAAUUUCGUUAUCAGUAAAACAGCUGGUAUAGACGUAGCAAUUGCAUUUAGUGAACUGGGUAUGCCUCUUGAUUGGUUUGUUCUGAAGGACACAUUUAACAGUGACCACUUCCCUAUAUUUAUUAAAUUAUAUACAAACAACAACUAUUAG